CAACUUUUUUACAGGCACAGAGAGAGGACAGAGAAGAAGGUGCGAGAAUGGCGUCGGCUUUGAGAGCAGCAAUUCUAGGUCAUGUACGAAUCCCGGUGGUGGCUAACGGAUCGAAGCUGCUGAGUCCUUUAUGGAUCCACGAGAACACUUCCGUUCGCUCAAUGUCAUCUCACGACGAUCAUCUCGAAAAAAGUCAAGUCAUUGAUAGAAUCCUUGACAUCGUCAAGAGUUUCCCUAAAGUCGAUCCUUCUAAGGUGACCCCUGAAGUUCAUUUCCAGAAGGAUUUGGGAUUGGACAGCUUGGAUAAUGUGGAGUUGAUAAUGGCGAUUGAAGAGGAAUUCAAAUUGGAGAUCCCAGACAAAGAAGCUGAUAAGAUUGAUUCUUGUGCACUUGCAAUCGAGUAUGUAUAUAACCACCCCAUGGCUAGCUAAAACCCUGAAACUAAAUCUUCUGUUUUUUGGCCUAUCUUGUCUUUGUGAUGUUUGGUUUUUUCUGUAUAAGUCGAAGUGGGAGGAAAAUAAUUGGAAGCAUUUGUGACUUCAUCAUCACCAUCA